AUGCCUGUUCAUUCCGCCUGUUCCGAGUUCGAAAUCCCAGAAAUGGAGUUUGAUGAAUUUGAGUUGGAAUUAGCGGCCGAAAAAGAGUUUUCGUCCGAUGAACAUUUGUUUGAAUCUGGUCGUAUGACACCAGAUGGGUUAAUCGACGAAGACUUUGAACGUGAACUUGGAUGCGCAGCUAAGGAGCUCAGUGUUCAAGAUGUAAUUGAUUCUGAUUAUCCAGAUAUUUCUCGGCUGGGUGUAUUACAAGGUGCAGGAGAUGAUAAACUCGGUCGUAAAAUAAUCGUUUUCUCAGCUUGUCGUCUACCAGCAGCUGAUUUAAUUGAUCAUCAACAUCUCCUCAUGUAUAUUACUAAAACAUUGGAACAAUAUGUCAGUAUUGAUUACGUCCUAAUUUACUUCCACUUCGGACUUACUAACAAAAAUCGACCGAAAUUUAAAUGGCUUGUUCAAGCUUAUAGAACAUUUGGGCGCAAUUUUCGUAAAAAUUUGAAAACACUUUACAUAGUACAUCCUACUACUGGUAUAAAAAUUUUAUGGACUCUUUUCAGACCAUUUAUCAGUUCAAAAAUGUCAAAUAAAGUGGUUUAUGCUGAAACAUUAUCCGAAUUAGAAGAAACUUUAUUCGUUGAUCAAUUGCCAAUACCACAACGUGUUUUAAACUAUGAUAAAUCCGUUAUAAAAAAUCUACCACCAAGAUCUAUUCCAAAAAUUCAAAAAGAUUCUGCUGCUCGAGUAUCCACACCUUAUAUACCAUCGCUGCCAGAUGCUGCUUCAGUGUUCUCUGGUGUAUAUGAAGAACAGUGCAAAGAUGUUACUCCAGAUCCUCAACAACAAUUUAAUGUUAGUCUACAAUUCAUCAAAAUGAAUAACGGCGGUCGUCCUAUUCCUAUUGUCUUUGAAGAUACUAUUGAUUAUCUACGCGAUCGUGGUUUAACAACUGAAGGAAUCUUCCGUCGAUCUGUCAGUCUGAAACAAUUACGAGAUGUACAGAAUUUAUAUAAUAAUGGUGAAACUGUCGAUCUACGAGAUUAUGAUGAUCCUCAUUUGGCAGCUGUUCUAUUGAAAUCAUUUUUACGUGAACUUACUGAACCAUUAUUAACAUUUGAACUGUAUGAUGAAAUAUUAGGUACAAGUGGUCUGGGUGCCAAAGAAAAGGUUGCAUUAGCUAAAAAAUUAAUUCUUGUGAAGUUACCUGAUGAUAAUUACGAAAUAUUAAAUUACCUAAUAAGAUUUUUAACAGAGGUCACUACUUAUUCUCAACAAAAUAAGAUGAAUGCAGCUAAUUUAGCUGUUGUAUUCGGGCCUAGCUUAAUUUGGUCACGGAAUCAAGCUUCAUUGACUGCCAUCGAUGUGAUUAAUGCAUUCACACAAAUACUAAUUACACAUUAUGAGUGUAUUUUCACUAAAUAA